CCGAACAGCCCGAGCCCGAACAAACGGGCCAUCACGGGCCCAAUGUGCGUGUGUUGCCGUUGUGAAGAAGAUCCGGUACCCUGGCUGCCUGUUUCAGUAGGCUGCGAUACCUCGUGACAAUCGCGUCGGAAGCGCGUGUGACGGUGUUUUCUUCCCCCGCGAGCCGUGACGUUCGUUCCUUUCGGGGCUCUAGGCGUGUGUGUGGUGCGGAUCUUGUUUUUUUCCUCUUCUAAAUCCAUUACACUGUGGUUGCGGGUGCGGAAAGGAUGAUGGCUCAUUGAGGGUGUGUGUGUGCAUACUUGUGUGUGUGUGUGUGUCUUUUAACAAGAAGGCGCCUCACAAACAGUUCUGUUUUAGUGUAAAGCAAAGAGCUAUUUCGAGCAAAAGCAUGACGGGUAAAGCGCUUGUCCUUCAACGUAGCAGGUGAUCAAGCAAAGUUGUGCUUCAGGCGCUUCUUGCAAAACUACAAUCCCACUUCCCUGGAAAAGCUACCUACCGGGAAGGUGCCCUUGAAAAGGCGCACAAGACCCCACGAAGUGUGUUGGUGUAAAGUGAGUGUGAAAAGUGAAGCUGAUGUUUUAAUAUAACAUAAGUUACAGAAGUGAUUAGGUAAAUAAUACUAGCGUGCAAGUGUAAGUGUUUGACAAGUGAUUAGUAGCUGUUCGCACGGCAAACUACUAAACAACAACCACUACAACGCCGUAGCGAGUUGCACACCACCCGGUGCCCUGGUGGUGUGCUGCUGAAUGCGGUGGCAAGAUGUGGCUCGAGAAGCUUGUGCUGGUGUACCUGCUGACACUGUUCAACUCGCUGGAUGGAUACUUUCUGGAUAAUCAUCACCUGCAGAGUAAUGGACGCCAUCGACGAAAAGAUUCCAACGAAGCGAAGGCAGCGCACCGAAACUCAUUAGGUCCAUUACAAAGUCAAUUUAUUACUAAGAAUAACACUAGAGUAAUUAGCCAACGAGGAGGCCUAGCGGUGCUGCCCUGCAGCGUCACCAUGACAACACCAGCCACUGUGUCCUGGUUCCGGCGGAAAGACUACCAGCUGCUGACGGUCGGCCUGUCGACGUACAGUAGCGACGACCGGUUCCUGGUCGAGCAUACGCGCCACCUCGGCAACUGGGCGCUGCGGAUAAAGAACGCCCGCAAGGAGGACGAAGGACUGUACGAGUGCCAAAUUUCCACCCAUCCACCCCAGUCGAUAUUCAUCGAGCUUAGGAUCGUCGAGGCGGUCGCAGAAAUUCUCGAAGCGCCCGAUUUGCAUAUAGACGAAGGAUCGACGCUGCGUCUGGAAUGCAAACUGAAACGUGCCACCGAAAGCCCGCUGUACGUCUUUUGGUACCACGAGGAUCGGAUGGUGAACUACGAUCAGGAGGAUGGUGUGUCCGUGUCGAACAACAAGCUCACCUCCAGCAUCCUGACGGUGCGGAAUGCGACGGCCCGGCACGGUGGCAACUACACCUGUGCUCCCGCGAACGCGCGCCAAUCGAGUGUUUACGUGCACGUGCUGAAAGGUGAAAAGCCAGCCGCAAUGCAACAUCCCAACAAAAACCCGACCGCAACAUCCGGUGCACGGGCGGGCACACUCCCCCCACUGGCCGCAUAUCGGUGCGGUUGGCUCCGGCCGGUUCGCUCCUGGUGGCCCCUGCUCGCGGUCAGCCUGCUCCCUGCCACGGUCAGCCUCGUGACGACGAUGCUGCUGACGCUGGUGGGCCGAUUGGCGCGGGGCACGGACCAGUGGCCGGGUGCAGCCAGACCCGCGCCCAAACCAUCCGACGACGACGGCGGCCGACGGCCAACCGAGCCUUACCUUCCCGUCGCAUCCCGGCGCCGGCAGUGCCACCGCACCGCGCUGCUCACGCUCUGUAUACUAGCCGCACUUCUGCUCUCCGUUAAGACUAUCUUCAGCAAAAGUAUUAAACUGUUCGAUGUAGUUUAAAAAAAAACCGCUCCCCGUUCCCUCGUCUCGUCGGCAAUUUGGGACGUUCGAGAGCCUCCCGAGCCUCGCAGUGGGCUUGCUGCUGGUGAGCCAUGGUGAGUGUGGUGAGUGUGCAAAAGCGAACGCCCCAACGUCGGGGACGAAAAACACAUACGUAUAAAUAUUUUGUACAGGUUUUCUAGCAUUAAAAUGUUUAGGGUUAAUGUUUACGGGCAAUUGAGAGGACAAUGUGUGGGUGUGUGUGUGUGUUGGUUGUUUGGCCAAACAGAACAGAAAGUACAACACAGCUGAACACAGAGAGAGUCAGAGAGCCAGCGAGGGCAAGAUAGAAUGUGGCGCUAGGUACAAAAUGGGGACAGUUUUAGAGGAAUUGUUUGCAAAGCAAAUAAGACCCACAGUCGGGCCAGCCCGAACGGACCGGACAACCGUACCUUGGGUGGACUUUGACUAGCAAGACUGCAAGGGUUGCUGUUGCAGUUCGUAUGCAAUGGUUCUUAAGCUUAAAUUGUUAUCUUUUGGAUUUCGGUACGUUCUGGGGUUGCAGUGUUCGUGUUCGUGUAUCUGCACCGGUAGCUGUGGUGACCCUGUCCGGUUCGGUUUACGCAGUGGUUUUAAGUAAGCAAUCUUCCGGUCACUGCAAUGCCUGCCCGAGCGAUUGAACCGUCUCCGGUCAGAAUCUCUGCAUAAAAUCAAUUCACAACAUCCCUUGAACGCACCCGUAACCGGGUUGGAUCAUUAGUUAGACAAACACCCGAUACCGAACUCCGAUUCAAAAUCAAUCACCACUGAGGGCAGUGAUUGUUCUUCCUUCUUGCUGCAGAUAAUCCAGCCACAAUCGCAAUGUACCGGCGGUUGUGGUGCUGGCGAAAGGGGAUUGGGAUGUAACAGAGCUUUGUCGAACUUUUGCCCGCAGACGAAAAGCCCUCGUGAGAGCAAUCCAAGUCUUUGAGCAGCACAGAUUUAAGGGGGUGCAAAACUUCACCAUCAUCAUGAUCAUCAUCAUCAUCAUUGCCGUCUCCGAUUGCUGGUGGAUAAAAGUAUUUACGAUGAAAUAUUGAUUAAACAAACGAAAUUUCGUUCCAUUUCACGUCUGGGAAGGACGCAGAGGGAAGGUCGGAGGACGCUUCCAAUCACUUCGGUGGUUGGAGCGAUUUCAUUUUACAUCUCGUACCGGUUAACCAAAAACGUACCGAGAUGGGUUUGCUGUGUGUGUGUGUGUGCAUCUGUGUGCGUUGCUUUUUAUCCCCUUUUUUUGCUUUUCGCUGCUGUACUGCAGAGUUGUUGAGCAGCAUUUGAAGGAAGAGGGGAAGAACUUUCCGCGUUGCACAACUUGUGGCAGAUUGUGGAUUUUUUUCUUGCGCUUCUUCUGAUGUUUGUAAUCCGAUCUGAGUUUCGAUUCCCACCGUCUCUACUGUUGCAGACAGGCACAAGGAGCUGUUGCGAUGGAAUCAUUUAGCAGCAGUUGCUGCAAUUGGUGGAAAAGAAUGUGAUUUUUACCUCUUUCAAGAAGAUGAUGGCUAGCAUGGUGAUUUUCCAUCGCUUCUCUCAAUUGUGAGGGAACCAUUGUUUGCUUGAAUUGUUUUCUCAUAAAACAUAUUCCAGUUGAAAUGCAAUGAACUGUGCUUCUUUUGUUCAAAAGCAGGGUGUAAUCUUUUGCUGAACUUCCUUUUCUAAAAGAUGGCGCCCACUUUCACAACCAUCUCAUCCGUACGAUGGAUGACUAAUGGGGAAAAAGCUGUAAACCACGAAAGGAUUAAAAGGAGGUUCGACGAAAUAAAGGGAAAGUAAUAUAAAACUUUCCGAAAGCUUCUCUAUCGCUCCUCUAACCAGGGAUAAAUCGAGCGAGUAUUUGAUGAUCAUGCACUGGAUAUCCCCUUCACCAUCACCCUCAUUGCAUCCCGUUGGUACUAUAAUGAGCCAGCGUUGAGGACGUUUGCAACCAAUCAUGAAUAAAGUACAUUUAUCUGCGCCAACCCUCCUGGCCCGGCCCAACUGCCGGCAAUCGGAAGCUCUUCGGGAUCCGGUUCCAUGCAAUUGAGGAAGAACCAUCAGGAGGAAAAGUUUCCCUUUCUCCAGUUCCGUCGUUCCAACGUGAGGUGAGCUUUUCAUUACCCGCGUUGCGGCUCGAGGAGGGAGUGUUCGCACUGCGCCACCCGGGCGCUGAAUCAUUGAUGGUAUUUGCAUAAGCGAUUAAAAAUGCAAAUUAUAGUUAUUUUAUCUCGAACUAUCGUGGCCGCUGCUUAACCACGGGCCACGGGCCGCGAAUGAAGUGGCAAAUCUCGAGUCGAGAUCAGCCGGCGGAUUCAUGGUUCGGUGCAUUGCAAUUGCAAACUCGACCGGCUCGAGCACUUUAUCUUUCCGCAGUCCCGGGUGGCACGUGCAUGAGCUUGAGCGGGCACAGGUGCUCGGAGCGAAAGGAAGAGGGAGAGAGAGAGAGAGCCACGGUGAAAACUUUCUAAUCCUAAUGAGGGUUUCGGCAUCGGAUGGAAAGUGUUGCUGGUGUCACAAAUGGUAGUGUCACAGUGAGCUGUCGCCAGUGAUUAGCUUACUUUAAUCACUAACGGUCCUGGUUUCAUGCUCCACAUAAUAGCAGAAAAGCUGUGCUGCAUUCUAAUGUGGAGAGGAAAACAAAGUCAAUUCUUCAUAUGGAUCACGUUCAUACCGCUUAGCUUGAGUUUUCGUUUGAAAUGCUAUUUAUUUCAAGUUUAAUUAAACAUUUUUGUACUUUAAUACGUCUACGAGCAAUGAUUGCAUGGUAUUUGCAUACCUUUAGGCGCCGCCGUUAUGUAGCGCCGUUAGCGCCUUUUAGUAUGCAAUUUGCUAAACCUGACUGGUUUUAGUGAAAUUGAUAAUUGGUUUCGUUCAAAUUAGAAGCAUUGUUCAUAGAAAGUUUAAUGUUUUAUUUCCUUUAUGAAUUUCUUUCUUUUUGCUGUUUUCUCUUCUUUUUGUAAAUAUGUAAUUUAUGUAGUCUAAUUCUUAGUUUUCUUGUUUUCUUAUUCUUAUUCACUUCUUAUACUGAUUAACCUAUCACUUCUUUCCACAUCAACACAUACUCAUGUCUCCUGUGAAAACAAUGAUAUUUUUUCUGUGUGAUGAACAUUUCAUUUCAACACACUAUCUAUGCCUUUGGGCCACGAGAUGUGAGUAUGAAUGUUCCACAAGAACAACACAACACUCUCCUUACACACACACACACACACACUUAUCAGCUGAAGUUACAUUUCCCUCGAUGAGACCACAAGAUUGGAUAUCGAUCAGAACGGUUGCUCUUUCACAACCCGACUCAACGCAAACCACGCCGACUUCACGUGAUGGUGUACAGCCACGGUACAGCGAAAAACAUUUUCCACUCGAUCGGAUCGUGCUAGCUGUUGUGCCGUUCUGAUCGAUUGUGCAUCUAUUUUUCAUCAGCCAAUUCCCCACCACCAGCAGUCAUCUUGAAUCGGGGGGUUUUUUUUUUUUUUUUUUUUUGGUGCAUCCAUGUGACCAGCACAUCGGCACGGGUAAGGAGAUUUCCCUUAAGAAGAAUGUAAAAAUGUUGCUUCAACUAUGUGGACCAGCGAGGAGCAAAAACAAAAACGAAAAGGUUUGUGAGGACCUCACAUGGUGCAGCAUGAACAAUGAUGGUACGACAUCGAUGCCAACACCGAUCGAAAACAAAUCGAAUGACAAUCCUAUUUUCUUUUCGAGCGUUGCAAAAUAUUAUCGUAACGUUCCCGGCUUGUGUCCCGGCUCAGGUGCAGUCGCGUGUAGGGAAAUACACACUCACACACACACACAUACCAGCAAAUGGGAACAAUGGGAACUGUAAGCUUAUUGUGGGUGUCGGUUGAUUGUAGCCAAUUGAGGCUGGGGAAAUAAAACACGACCACUUCCCCACAAAACAGGAGAAACUAUUUCAAUCAACAACGACAAUCGGUUGCAGCUGCAGCCGCUGAUACCGUUGAGCCCGCUCUCGUUCAGCGAGUGGACAGAGUGGGGUACCAUUUUGCUGCGGUAUUGCAACUGUUUGUUUGUGGAAUGUGUGAUAAAAUAACAAACUUCUGAACCUGAAAACGUUUUAUUUUUGUUUAUAAAGCUAGAGACGAAAAAAUCUCGAAUAAAACACAUUCAGCAAAAGUUAAGAACCGCAUACUGACCGAAGGACACCAAAGGUACGGUGGUCUGUAACAGUGUGUAUAUCACACUUUAUAAAAAAAUACAAAAAAAAACAAAAUCGUCCAUUCAGAGAGAUCGAUUGUUACCUUUUCCCUUUUGAAAACAAAACCAAAAGCCGACAAUGAAACCAACAGCUGAACCAGAAGCGAACAAAAACAACAAAUAAUAGCAUCCCAACCGCCUGGAAACAAAGCUACUUUUGGUUUGUUUUUAUCAAACCGCUCGUCUCGUACCCGGGGAGGGGCCCCAUUCUCGCCGGCUAAAUGGACAACAGGCUGGCACAUAGUGUAAUAAAAUUAAACUAGCCAAGCAUGUGUGAAUACUAAACCAAGCGAGGGGUGGCGUUGAAAUAAACUAGCGCCACACCAUCACAACAGUACGCGUGGCCAUUUUGUGGAGAGAAAACAAUACCACACACACACACAUACAUACACAAACAGCCUGACUGAAAAGCGUGAUACAUCGCGACAUAAACGCGCUUGGCUGUGGUGCACGCUGUUUGCACCGCCAGAUAGGCUGGUCGUUAGUUUUAAUUGUGCAAAAAGGCGAGAAAAUGUGUCGUUUGCUAGCUAGCUCUGGUGCUAGGUUGAUUAAAGUGACGUCGGGAAAAAGGGGGGUAACGAGGUGUGGGGGCAAGAACAAAAAUAUGACCGGCACUAUCGGCGCCACAAUGCAGCACAGUAAAUAGCAAGCAAAAUGAUGUGCAAAAAAAAAAAAAAAACGUGCACACACAGAGAAAAAGAAAUAUAAUUAAAGAGAAGAGAACAAAACGGAACUCUAAGACACAAAAGAAGAAGCGUGAAUUAUGGAUUAACGAAAAUAGUAGUAAAACAAAAGGUAAAAAAAGAG